AGUUAAUUUUCGUUUUCGAAGUAGAUGUUGAAAGCUCUAAAGAAGUUUUGGUAUUGAAUAAACAAAAAAAUAAUAUUUUAGCAAUAUUUAUAACUGAUUGCGCAGUGUAUUGAUAGCCUUCUAUAUUGAUUUAAUUCUUUAGAAUUGUUGGUCAAGAUGUCGGAGUCUGAACCACAAAACAAUGGCAACGUAGAACAAAGAACUAACGGUGAUGGCGAUGGCGACCAAGGCGACGCAUGGGGUAGCCACGAUUCAUCUGCUGCUCGGCCGUAUGGAAAAAUGCCUGUUGAUCGUAAUGCACCUUAUUAUAACAUGAACCAUAAGUACCGUGGUAUGGCGAUUAUUUUCAACCAUGAACAUUUUGAUAUACACAGCUUGAAGUCACGCACUGGCACUAAUGUAGACAGUGACAAUUUGUCCAAAGUUCUUAAGAAUCUAGGAUUUCGAGUAACCGUGCUGCAUAACUUAAAAUCGGAGGAUAUUAAUCAUUAUAUUCGCCAAACUGCUGAAAUGGAUCACUCUGACCAUGAUUGCUUGCUAGUUGCGGUAUUAACACACGGUGAACUUGGCAUGUUGUAUGCUAAAGAUACACAUUACAAGCCUGAUAAUCUUUGGUAUUAUUUCACUGCAGAUAAAUGUCCAACCCUUGCUGGCAAACCUAAACUUUUCUUUAUUCAAGCAUGCCAAGGUGAUAAGCUGGAUGGUGGCAUAACACUAACUAAUCGCACAGAGACUGAUGGCUCUUCUAGUGCUUCAUAUCGGAUUCCUAUUCAUGCUGAUUUUCUCAUAGUAUUUUCGACUGUACCAGGAUACUAUUCCUGGAGGAACACAACACGAGGAUCAUGGUUCAUGCAAGCUUUGUGUGAGGAGUUGCGUUAUUCCGGUGCAGAGAGAGAUAUUCUCACUUUACUUACAUUUGUAUGUCAAAAAGUGGCUCUUGAUUUUGAAUCUAAUACUCCGGAUAUGUUGACCAUGCACCAACAGAAGCAAGUGCCCUGCAUCACCAGCAUGCUCACAAGAUUAUUAAUAUUUGGAAACAAGAAGUAAGCGGGAAAAAUAUUUCCAACAAGAUGUUAGUAUACAAAUUACUAAUAUAAAAAUUUGAACUAGGAAACAUCCAUUCCUUUCCUAACAAUUUAAGUAGUUGUUAUAUUUCCAUUGUUUUUUCUAAUUGUUUUACCCUUAGUAAUUGAACCAAUAAUGUAACUAGUUUAAUUUUGUUUCCUUUAUGUUAUAAUUUUUGUGGAUCUAUUUUAUUUAGAAUGUUAGUUUGAAAUAUAAUUAAAAUUGUUAUUUUACAAUUUUAAUAAUAUUCUUGCAUUUUUAGUCAUAUGAAUUAUGAUGUGGCAUUUCAUUGUGAUAUAAGAAGAAUCUUGAUUAUACUAUUAAGUAUUUAAAGUACAGUGCUUCACUAAAAGUAUUGCCAGUGGUAAAAAGACAAAUCGAAAUUCUAAUGUGCUUUCUAUAUUAUUACUCACCAGUAUCUAAAAUUAAAAUUAUUGUUAAGACACAAAAUUUAAUUAUUAAUAAAUAUUUCACAACGACAUUGCA